AUGGUUCCUAUUUCCUUUCGGGCCUAAUGUAGUUGUGAAUUUCUGUACCCGUCUGCCUAGCAAUAGUUCAGUCACAUGGAUGUGCUCUGGGUUGGAAGAUAAAUAUUACUCUCUUCAAAUUAUCAGAUGACAUCGAAUGGUUGCAUCAUCACGAUUGAUCAUCAGCUGAUCGUAGGUUUACUUUGAAUGAAUAUGCUCACAUAGAUGUUGUGCAAUAACACUUUUACAGCCUUGCCUGCUAGCCUAGAGACAGUCUGAAGGUGAACUGAAAGCAGUUUAAACAUGGAGAAUGAAGACGAGGAUGUGCUCUCGUUGCUGCAUUUGCGGGAACAUCGCAAGGCAUUUGUCAGGAUGGUGUCAUGGGAGAUUGGGAAUAAAUCUCAAGGACUGCAAAACAGGAUGAAGUCCAAAAAUUCUGACUCGGAAACUGAUUCAGAAACUAGUGACAUCGAUAUUGACUGGGACAGUGACAGCAGCGAGGGAGAAUAUUUCUCAGCUGAGGAAACAAUUGAAACUAACAUGGACAAGUUAGUUGCAAACAAUAAAAGCAAAGAAAAGACAGGAAUGGAAGUAUUACUAGAUGAAUCAAGCAUGGAAGUGCAUGUACCUAAGCCUGAGCAUCACAGGGCUCUUAGCAAGAGACAGAAACGCAGGAAGAGGGAGCGCAUACGUGAAGACAUGAUGUUAGCCAUUCCCUUUAGGAAUGUUGAAAACCUUGAUUUUGAUUGUCUGAACUUGGAAGAUGAGUUGGAAGUGCCUGUUCAAAGGAAACUACCAAGUUUGGUGGAGAGGUGUAUGAAGACAUUGUGGAAGUUCAACUUGGUGGGAUCUGGAGGUACAAGUGUUUCACGACAAACUGAUCUUCCUGCGGUGAUGCAGCGUGAAUUGUUUUUGUGGAGAUCAACACAACACAGAGCAACUUCCCAACUGACGUGGCUGUACCGGUUGUUAGGCCACGGAGAGGAAUUCUUAAACAGACCAUAUUCAUGUUACCUGAAAGAGUUAAAACAAGUCUCAGAUAUGGAAGGUGCAAGCGACUUUGUGUUAGAAAGGGCAACUCGCACUGUGUGGAACCAUAAAGUUCUGGGUUAUGAGGAGUCUCAGAACUUGAUGGUGUACAAUGGGACAGAGGCUUCUGCUUGGCUGCCCUAUACCUACAUGAACAAUUCAGAAUAUGGAGCAUUCUGGAAUGAUAACGCAUAUCAGUGGAAAUACCCGACUCAGCUGUUGUCAGGUGUAUCAAGUGUGUUAGAUCUAAUGCUGCCUCAGGGUGGAGUGUUGCCACAUACUGCCAUGGCCAAGUCUGCCAUAUCUACCAAGUCUACCAAAUCUGACAAAUGUGUGAAGUCUACCACAUCUUGCAUGGCGAUUGAAAACAAGAGAACGGUCGCUCACCUGAGGCAGAUCGAGGAAUCUCUGAGCCAAAGGUACCCCCAGGUGGUGAAGUAUGUCGUGAAGGAGGCGGUACCCUACACACUGUGGGCCAGGGGAGAUAUUGGGCUGGCCCUGCAACAUUUCCUCAGCCUGUCUAAACAGGCCUCAGGUUAUCGCCGAGCAAUGUAUCUGAGUGAAGGAGCUCGACUGUGUGCAUUUGUUGGGGAGACAGAGAUGGCGCGAGACUUCUAUAAGGAGUCAGCAGAGGCUUUGAUUGGUAGAGUAAAGGGAGGUAACCAAGAUGAGCAGGAGGUCAAGACACAGAGGUUUCUACUGAUGACAAACUUGUAUGACCAAGGGCCGAUGACAGAAGAGAAGGGAGAGAAGGCAUCCUCCUCAUGGUCAGCAACACUGCAACACACAACGACAGCGCAGCAUUCAACCAUUCUCCGAGCAGUCGAAUCUCACUUUUGCUUUCACUCAGGAACAAACGGAAGACAGGAUGUCGACAUGGUGCGUCAUCUGAGUGAAGGCCUGUGUUGGAUCAAGUCUCUCAGGGGCCAAUGUCCCGCACUACUGCAACAUCAGGUUGUGUUGGAGGCUUGGUUGGGACAGACAACAGAUGCCUACACCUCCCUGAGACGCACUAGAACAGAUGCCAUGUGGUCCUGUGGGGAGGAGGUGAACAUCUUCGUGAUGGCAUGGGUCAAGGCCGUUCCUCCUCCACCCUUGAGGGUGGUAUGGCGGACCCAGCUUGGACACAUGCGACUUGUUUUGGGGCAACAAUGUUAUGAAGCAGAUUUCAUAGCACAAUCAAACCUGCAUCUACAUUUGACAGCAGACGGCUUCCUGUCAGGUGACCUCCAGAUGCUGCUGCCACCAAUCAGGGCCAUUCACCUGGAUCCUUACACAGGUGUUCCUGUGUUCAAGCCUCUGUCUGGAGUUCCUGAACCCUGGCACUCCCUCAACUUCUGCAGUCUGUUUUUUUCAGAGCUCCCCAAAUACAAUGGUGGAUUUGUUGCUCCUACCUUGGUGCAGCUGUACCAAGAUGAAAGCGGAAACUCGGUACAUUUUUCUUGUAAAACUAUUGCCACAGUGGUAACUGAUAUACCUUUGCACAGCUUAACAUUCGUCUGGACCACAGCUGAUGGCAAUCGCCGAAAACUGGACCUUUUCCCAAAACUGAGGAAAAAAGUGAGAGAUGAAAGGGUAUCUUAUCUGGAGUCCACACGGGAUCCUUGUGUCAACCAGUUUGUGGAAGGCAAUGAAGAAUGGGUGUCAAUGAUGACCCAAGCUCUGGACGUCUGCUACAAGAAGUUUUUGCCCAUGGGCAAUGAUACUCUUAGAAGUGUUCACCGGUCUCUGAAGAAAAUCAAGAAAUAUGUGAAAGAGGUGAAGAACUCUAAUAGUGAAAAAAAGAGGAAAGCCAGUGUGAAACUAGAAGACGCCAAGACAGCUUUUCAAAGCCUGUGCUCUGAUAGGUUUGGGGUGGACAUUGUGGAAUACUUGGUGUUUGGGAAAACUCUGUUCCUGUUGCUGACAUGUGACCAUUGCACUGGUGUCGCAGUUAUGUUCGACUGCAGCACCUUGGAAGCCUUCAUGCAUCCCAAGAUUAAAGUAUUUGAAAAUUUUGUUCGAGAACACCAACAGGGGGAAACUAUCAGCAGACAAAGGAAUAACUGUAUCAUCCAUGGCCAAGUGAUGUGGAUUGUACUGGAGUCAACAAGGAAUGACAGAUGCAGGUUGCUCCAUGUGUACGGACAGGGAGGAAGGCUGUUGAUGGAGAAACAGCUCUCCUUGUCGGAGAAGAUACAGACACCAAUAGUUCAUGGCACAAUGUUGUAUGGCAUAUCUCCUGACAGGCACAGCGUGUUGUGUGAUCAGCUGACUGGCGAUGAUCCAAUCACAGGCUGUCUGGUUGAUUGGUACAUCGUUGACCUGCUGGUGCUGCCAUCUGUUUUGCUUGUACAUUCACGGGGUGGUCUCCAUAUCCUGUGUCCCAGCUCCCUGCAGCUGAAACUCAUCAAGGUAACUUCCAACAGGUUCUCUCUGGCCGUGAGUUCUGACCAGAAAAUGAUAGAAGCCCCCAAUUUGGGCAGAGUUCAGAUCAUAGGGGAGACCGCAUUGUCAGACACAGGGGAUGAUGGCAACAGUCGGUUUCUAACUGCUGUUGCAGCUGACAACCACCUCCUCCUGUUCCAAGGUCAGGAAGCUGAGGUCUGUCAGUGUAUCGCGGUGCCUGGACAUGCUAAAGAUUUCUGUUGGGUGCAUAAUAAAGUUGGGUUCCUUGUGUCUGUGUCGAUCCAAGACUCACGCCAGGCCAACUAUAGAGAGACUCUGUACCACUACAACAACCACGGAGACCUCCUCGCGGUCCUGCCAUUCCUGGGACCAGGGCCUAGGAACAUGUUCCCUGCUCUGCUGCCAGGAACCCAGAAAGACGCAGUUCAUGACCCGUUGCUACGGAAACGAGGAUGGUAUGUGUUCCUUCGAGAUGGCCAUGAAGGAAUGAUGGGAAUCAAACUUUGUGACAUUUGAAAUUAAAUAAAUCGAAUCAAAGUACA